AUGGAGGAAGUGAGAGGUGACCGAUUUGAUAUCGUGUUGGAGGGUGAAAGGAAAGGUGUAAACAAGUAUUACCCUCCAGAUUUCAAUCCUGAAAAGCAUGGCUCUCUCAACCGAUACCAUAACAGCCACCCGCUUCGGGAGCGGGCUCGGAAGCUUUCCCAGGGCAUCCUCAUCAUCAGGUUCGAGAUGCCAUAUAACAUCUGGUGUGACGGCUGCAAGAACCACAUCGGCAUGGGUGUUCGGUACAACGCAGAAAAGAAGAAAGUUGGCAAUUACUACACGACCCCAAUCUACAGGUUCCGGAUGAAAUGCCACCUGUGCGUGAACCACAUAGAGAUGCAGACAGAUCCAGCCAACUGUGACUACAUCAUCGUGAGCGGUGCCCAGCGCAAGGAGGAACGCUGGGACAUGGAGGACAAUGAGCAAGUGCUGACGACAGAGCAUGAGAAGAAGCAGAAGCUGGAGACAGAUGCCAUGUUCCGCCUGGAGCACAGCGAGGCCGACCGCAGUGCGCUCAAGAAGGCCCUGCCUACCUUGAGCCACAUCCAGGAGGCCCAGAGCGCCUGGAAGGAUGACUUCGCCCUCAACAGCAUGCUGCGGAGAAGGUUCCGGGAAAAGAAGAAAGCCAUCAAGGAGGAGGAGGAGCGGGACCAGGCUCUGCAGGCCAAGGCCAGCCUGGCCAUCCCGCUGGUACCUGAGACUGAGGAUGACCGCAGGCUGGCCGCCCUGCUCAAAUUCCACACCCUGGACUCCUACGAGGACAAGCAGAAGCUCAAGCGGACAGAGAUCAGCAGUCGCUCCUGGUUCCCCUCUGCAUCUGGGUCGGGUGCCGGCAGCAGCAGCAGCAGCAGCAACAGCAAAGCCGGCAGUGUUCUGAUGAAGCUGGCCCAGAACCGCAGGCCUACCCCCGCGGGCUCCCACUUCACCAUGGGAGACCUGGGCAUUGUGCGGCGGCGGUCUCGGGAAGUCCUGGAAAGCCCCCAUGAUGCCCCUGAGACCCCUGAAACCAGGGAAUCACAAGUGCCAAAGAGGAACACCCAGAACAGGCCUGCAUCCCCCCAAGACUGCUCUCAGGACACAGCCAAGAUCCCCGAGAGCAGCUCACCCCAGGAGGUAGCUGACACCUCCUCGGACACCCCGCUGCCCUGUGGCCCCAGCACCUCCCUUGUGGCAGACUACUCAGACUCGGAGAGUGAAUGA